AGACGGCAGCUCUGCCCCGGCGCUACCGAAGAGCUCUCCCGCAGCCCGGCAUGGCGAAGGCAGCCGGAGUGGUCUGCGCGCUCCUUCUCCUCGCCGCGCUGUGCUGCCAGAGCCUGGCUCAGAGAGCUCCGGCCGUGCCGGACAAGUGCUGCUUCAACUUCCAGACGAGAAGGAUCAAGAGAGACAAUGUCGUCGCCUGCUACCCCACCAGCCCCGAGUGCCCUCACCAGGCUGUGAUCUUCAGGGUGAGGAGCGGGAAGGAGAUCUGCGCCCAGGCGAGCAGGGCCUGGGUGAAGAGGUACCAGCAAAGCUUCCAAGUCAGCUCCUUCUCCAUCCCCAGCUAGGAGGGUGGCCAGGGGCAGCACAGGGAGUCCCUUCCACGGGGGACAGGACACCGCGAAGGUGACCCCUUUGCAGAGGCAGCAGCGGGGACACCACGUUUGGAUAUAGCAGCUCGUCAGGGCCGUCCUCCCCAUCACGCUGCGACGACCUUCACCGCCUCCCUGGGGGCAAAGGGCCUCUGCCACCCCCCGGCGUCCCACCGGCAUGGGGUGUACCGACCCCGUGGGGCGCUGGGGUCCAGACCCACUGCCAGCCCCCAGGCGCUCAGCCCCGCUCUGCGGGCAGCAGCAGCAGCGUGUCUGGGUGAGGCUGCGCCCGCCGGACUGGCAGCGGCAGAGGGGUUAAGGGGGAGCAGCUCCAUGGUUAUUUUCUGUACAACUCACUGAAUGGAAUUAAACGGAAUCUCACGCAUGCAAACA